CUGGAAGUUACAAUACGGAUGAACCUUUGUUUAAGAUGUUUAAAGCGGCGGAGCCCAAUCCAUUUGUGGUGAAAGGUUGUAAGCUUUCAACCAGUAGGAGACGAAGAGGUGAUGGAGGAGGUUUUUGCGUUUCAUUCGACUUGCCAGGUGUUUGUAGUGAUGAUAUAUUGGUGCUUCCUAAUGAGAAUGAAGUCAAGUUCUAUGGUGAGAACAAGGAGGUCUAUGAGCACGAUGAUAGUUGCCGUAUCUUCAUGGGAGCCAUCACCCGUUCUAGCGUUUGUGCUCCUGGAGUUCCCCUUUUGAGCCACGACAUCGCUUGGGAUGCUGAGUUUGGUGUUCUCACGGUCCGUAUCACACCUCCUGGUAGCAGCAACACCAACAGGGAGUAGUAGUUCACACGGUCUCAUCUC